UAGCUUUAUUUCAUAAAAUACAAUUUAUUUAUUACAGGUGACUGACCAAAAUGACAGAGGCAGCACCAAAUCCCCCUAAAAAAUCAGGAAGACUUUACUGUAAAGCUGUCUUCACUGGUUACAAGAGAGGAUUACGUAACCAGCAUGAAAACACUGCACUUCUUAGGAUUGAAGGUGUUACAAGCCUAAAUGAUGUACCAUUUUACCUUGGCAAACGAUGUGCUUAUGUUUACAAAGGAAGAAGGAGGACUGCCUGCCCAGGACACGAGAAGGCUAGUCGUAUUAGGGUGAUCUGGGGCAAAAUAACCAGAUCACAUGGAAACAGUGGAAUGGUGAGGGCAAAGUUCAAGAAAAACUUGCCAUCUGUUGCCAUGGGUAGAAGAGUAAGAGUGAUGAUGUAUCCAUCAAGAGUAUAAAAUAAAGAAAAAAAGACUCAAAAA